UACAAUUAUCAUAACUUCCUGAUCCAGAUCCAAAUCAGGAUCCAUAUGCCCGCUACACAAUUUCAGAAAUAGCUGAAAAUUUUUAAUUAACAGAAAAGAAAAACCAAUAUUUACGAAUUUAGCGUCAACAAUAUUCAUCUGAGCCCCAAUAUCCGGUCGGGUCGAUUCGCCUCCAUUUCCGCGGAAUGUCUGCGCUGUAAAUGCGACCCGAUUUUGUUUUCAGAAUUUGAAUUUGGGAGCUACAACAGUUGAGCUAUAACUUUCUUCGUUUGAGCUGCUUUGGAAUUGAAUUUUGGAAAAAAGAGGACUGUUAUCAUUGAUUUUUAGUCGGCCAAAGGAUGAAGAGACAAUCGGGAGAGAAGGAGAAGAAAAGGCAGUCGGGAGAGAAGGAGAAGAAAAGUGUCGACACGGCUCACAUUAGCGGCAUAGGUGAUGUGCAACGAAAUUCGAUGUUCGGAAAAUACUCUGAGGUAGAAAUUGUAUCUAAGCUAAAAGCACUUGCAGUCGAUCCUGAUAAUCCACAGUUUGCGCGCGAUAAUAUUCAGGCUUUCCGUAAUCAGAUUGUGAAGCUUAGAAAAGUGAUGGUUCUGAAAGAUUCUGAAAUUCCUUGGAGAAAGCGCAAACUCGAGCAAUUCGUAAAAGAUAAGCUGAGACCUCCUUCUCCUUUUGGUUCCCCAAACAAAGAGAAUAAUACGAGGAAAACGAGCAGGAAACAGUCUUCCCACGUUUCACCAACUUCUUCGUGUUUGCUUAAUUCAUCCAACUCCACUCGAUGCCUGCACGAGAAAACUACCUUCGACCCUCAUGCUUCCACCAGUUUACUCACAUUCGAAUAUUCACUCCUAGACGAUGCACUCGAUUUUAACUGCCUCUGCAGCAAUAAUAACACACCUCCUAAUGUAGAUUCCGAUGAUUCUGUAAAAGGCCCGAACCCUAACCAUCUGAGCCCAAUAGAAUCAUUUCCUAAUGGGUCGGCCCGCAGAAAGCCUUCCCGCCAGUCAAAGUGGUUGCUGAAUAUCGUAAGCGAUCAUUUCCAAAAGAAAGUUGUCCCUGUUGGGCCCAGAUUCCAGGCCGACGUCCCUAAAUGGGCCGGGCCUGCAGAAAAGCCCAAUGAUGAUUCCAAAUGGUUGGGAACUCGGGUCUGGCCCACUCAAACCCGUGGCAACAACAACAAAGGAGCUGGAAAAGCGAUAGGAAAGGGAAGGCCCGACUCUUGUUCGUGUGUGUCUCGCGGUUCGUCUGACUGCGUUAGACGGCACGUGCUCGACGAGAAGCGGGCUCUUCAGCGUGAUUUGGGUCUCGCGUUUUUUAUUUGGAAAUUUGAUGAGAUGGGCGAACGGGUCUCCGAGUCGUGGUCGUUGAAGGAGAAAAACCGUUACGAGUCUCUGUUGAAAACUAGGCAGAAUUCCAACGAUGGGAAGAGCUUCUUGAAACGAGCUCUCAAGUGUUUUCCCAAUAAAACCGGGAAAGACAUUGUGAAUUACUACUUCAACGUCUACAUUCCGAACCGCAUGCGCUCAGAGUCCACGAGACAAGUCGAUACGGAUGAUGACGAGGAUGAGGAUUUUAAUUACUUGGGAGUGAAGAAAAAGAGCCCCGUCAAAAAAUCCAAGUCUAAGGACGUUAAGGUGAGAGCUUUUUUAAUUCUUGUUUAUGUUGCUCUCUCUUUGGAAAUACACAAUCCUUGGAUCUUCACGGUGCUUUAUGUAGUUCCUGUUUAUGACGAAAAUGCAUAG